AUGAAGAAUUAUUCCGUGCGGUCUUCGAGCUUUGAUAUUCGGCUGUCUAAUCAGUUCACGUGCCUAAACCCUUCCGGUGACGCAAGAAGAAAUAAGUCUGCCAAUCCCCUAAGGGUGCGAAAUGGAGACGGAAUGAAAAAACUAGAACAAGGAGGGCAUUCCUCGAAGCCAAGCAUCCCGAAAAACCACCAGGAAGAGAAACCAAGAAGGAAUAUUAACCAGCACCCAGAUACUGCUCAUGAUCAGAAAAGUAAACGCCCUGCCACAGCUGCGAAAAUAGGAAAUGUUGAAUUUCUGAUUAUACUUGUACGCUCUUUUCCUGAUCUCUUAUGCCAAGUAGAUGAAAGUUAUGGCAGUUUAUUUCACAUUGCCAUUACAUAUCGGCAAGAGAGUGUAUUUAAUCUAAUAUAUGAGAUAGGUGUCAUGACGGAAAAUAUUACAACCUAUAUUGACAAAGAUGGUAACAACAUGCUGCACUUUGCUGCCAAAUUGGGUCCUUCCGAUCAAUUAAAUACCCUAUCAAUAGCAGCCGUUCAAAUGCAACAUGAGUUGUUGUGGUAUAACAAAGUAGGAAAGAUUGUGCCGCCUUCAUAUGUGAACAUGAAGAAUUCAAAUGGUGAAACACCUCUAGAUAUAUUUGAACGGGAACAUAAAUAUUUGCAAGAGAAAGGUGAAAAGUGGAUGAAGCAAACAGCAAACAAUUGCAUUCUUGUGGCAACAUUAAUUGCUACUGUGGUUUUUGCUGCAGCCUUCACUGUACCAGGUGGCAACGAUCAAAUUACAGAAAAACCUAUUCUUUUGAAAAGUAAUUGGUUUACGAUAUUCUUCAUAUCAGAUGCGAUAGCAAUGGUCUUCUCUUCAACAUCGAUACUAGUGUUCAUGUCAAUUCUCACGUCACGUUAUAGAGAGGAGGAUUUUGUCAAGAUAAUACCUCUAUUGUUGUUGUUUGGACUUGGUGUACUCUUCGUCUCUAUAGCAGGGGAUGGUAGCAGCAUUCAGUGCAACUUGCUUUUUGGUAUAUUACACUGA